AUUAUAUAGAAAAGAAAAUAAAUAGGUUUAAAUAUGGAUCCAUCACCCUAACGUUCCCACUCCGGCGGCCACUGCAAAUUCUUCCCUCGCAAACAUCGUCGAUUUGGGUUGGAGUUGGUUAUAAAACAGUCAAUGGCUGAAGAAAUGGCAAUGGUAGAAUCUGGAAGAGCUAAGAGGAAAUUUGUUAAAACGCAAGGGCGUAAGAAGUCAAGUAAGAAAGCAAAAGUGAUGCCAUCACCACAUGGACAGAAGAAAGUUAAAAUAGACAAAAAAAUGAAGAAACUUUUCCGCAAGCGAGCACGGGAGUAUAACUCUGAUGAUGAAGAAGAUGAGGCCACUGUCACUGCUCCCUCGGAGACUAGAGUUUUGGCAUCUGUCACCAAUAAAAAAAUUGAGGAGGAUGACAUAGAAAGUGAGAAUAAUCAGUCUGAAGAUGAAGGAGCUGCAGGACCACUAAAAAAAUCGAACAAGAAUGCUACUGAUACGAAUAAUCUCAGUUCUGAUGAUGAGGGAGAAGAUGAUAAUGAAAUUCAGCCAGGAAUUACCAAAUUCACUGAAGGAUGCAGAGCAUUCAAGAUGGCAUUUAGGAAUAUUAUGAAGAAGAGUGUUCCUGAUGAUAUGUUGGGUCCAAUAUUGUCAGCCCACAAGAAACUUGUUAUAGAGAAACUUGGAGAAGAGCAAGCAGAACGCAAUAUCAAGGGAGAGGCCAAAAAGGAAAAGCAGACGUUAGCAGAAAAGGGACAUGCCAAACCUGCUACAUACUUGGACUCACAUGAAAAGUUUCUAAUAAGUCUUGCUACAAAAGGAGUGGUCAAGUUGUUCAAUGCUGUCAAUAAGGCACAAACUGCUCAAAAAGGGUUGAACCCCUCAAGGAAUAAGGAUGCAAAAGAGAUACGAAAACGGGCCAAACAAGCCUUCUUUUCAGAGUUAGGGAAACCAUCAUUGCCUUCAACUGGCACCACUACAAAGAUCAAUGAAGGCACAGGCAUGGUAGAAGACCAACAGCCUGCUUGGGCUCCAUUACGAGAUAAUUAUAUGCUGACAAGUUCAAGACUAAAGGAUUGGGACAAAAUGCCUGAUAAAAACGUAUCAGAUGAGUUUGGAAAGACUUCUGAAGAUAGUAGUUCAGAUGAAGAUUAGUAUAUUAAAACUAGAGUAAGCAGUAUUGAGAUUUUUAUGGUGGAACAAUCUGUCAGAUUUAGCAUAUUGGAGUUGUUAAGUUGUUAGAGGCAAAGGGUAGUAGGAAUAUCUUGUAACCAUACGUUUUUCUGUCAAUGGAUUACUAAGACUAGUAAUCAAUUAUUCGUAUUGUAAUUUCAAAGAAAUAUUGUAGUUUCAAAGAUCAUUUAUUGGUGUUGUUGGAUAUUCUAUUUUACAAUAUCGUAGUUUCAAAGA